AUGAAGAGAAAAGAGGGAGGAUGGAAGAAGGAAGACGAAGAGUCGAGGUGGAAGAUAAGGCGAGGUUUAGGCGAUGAUGUGCUACGCUACGUGUAUGACAAAUGGGGAGUGAGACUCCCGAACAUCCUCGGCGCCGCUAUCGCUCAGGCGGAGAAACCUGCAACAGCAAGCUCCACUGCAAAUGCUGCGCAGAUUCCGAAUCGGGACCUUAUCGGCACCGCAGCGUCUGCAUCACCGCCCGGCGGAGUCCAGGCUUGA